GGGAAGACGUUUGCCAUGGACCCUGUCACAAUUCUACUGUCCAUUGCCCUCAUCCUAUUUUUGGCCUAUGUCUAUAACAAUUGGAAUCAACACAUGUAUAAGAAUUUCCCACCCGGACCAACGCCUCUACCCAUCAUUGGAAAUAUACACAUAUUCGACAUGGAAAACCCUAACAAAACAUUUAUAGAGCUGUCUAAGAAGUACGGGCCCGUAUACAGCGUCCAGUUCGGCAUGGCAAAGAUGGUCGUCCUAAGUGGUUAUGAUACGAUCAAAGAUGCUCUAAUCAACCACACGGAGGAAUUUUCCGACAGACCAAAAGCCCCGGUCAUUUCCAAAUUAGUAAAGGACCAUGGUCUUGUCUUUGCUAACGGCGAGAACUGGAAGGUGAUGAGACGAUUUACACUUUCAACAUUACGAGACUUUGGGAUGGGGAAGAAAGGGAUAGAGGACAAGAUUACUGAAGAGGUGGAAAAUUUACUGCAGGCAUUCAGAUCAUAUGGAGGAAAACCCUUUGAUCAUUUAAAUAUCAUCAAUGCAGCUGUAGCCAAUAUAAUUGUGUCCAUACUACUCGGUCAUAGAUUUGAAUAUGAUGACCCAAUCAUAGUGCAGCUCAUGAACAUAAUUAAUGAAAAUAUAAGACUAUUGGGAAGCCCCUUGGUCAAGCUGUAUAAGAAAUACGGACCAGUAUUCAGCGUCCAGUUGGGCAUGACAAAGAUGGUCAUCCUAUGUGGCUAUGAUACUAUUAAAGAUGCUCUAAUCAACCACGCGGAGGAAUUUUCUGACAGACCAAAAGCCCCAAUCAUUUCUAAAUUAGUAAAGGACAAUGGUCUUGUCUUUGCGAAUGGUGAGAACUGGAAGGUGAUGAGACGAUUUACACUUUCAACAUUACGAGAUUUCGGCAUGGGGAAGAAAGGGAUAGAGAACAAGAUUACUGAAGAGGUGGAAAAUUUACUGCAGACAUUUAGAUCAUAUGGAGGAAAACCCUUUGAUCAUUUGACCAUCAUGAAUGCUGCUGUAGCCAAUAUCAUUGUGUCUGUACUAAUCAGUCAUCGAUAUGAAUAUGAUGAUCCAACCAUAGUGCAGCUCAUGAACCUAAUUAAUGAAAAUCUAAGACUCCUGGGAAGUCCUGUGGUCAGGCUGUACAGUAGUUUUCCGACUGUGAUGGACUGGCUGCCGGGCCUUCACAAAAAAGUUUUAGAAAACCUUGGAAAUAUGCAGAGUUUUGUAAGAGCGACAUUUACAAAACAGAAGAAAGAACUGGAUGUUAACGACCAGAGGAAUUUUAUUGAUGCGUUCCUGGCUAAGCAGAUAGAGGGGAAGCCAGAAUCCACUCUGUAUUACCACAACGACAACCUGAUUGCACUGGUGGGGAAUCUAUUUGCUGCUGGGAUGGAGACCACCACAACCACUCUGAGAUGGGGCCUCCUGCUGAUGAUGAAAUACCCAGAAAUACAAAAAAAAGUGCAAAAAGAAAUUGAGAGAGUGGUUGGAUCAGCUCAACCUCGAAUGGAGCAUAGGAAACAAAUGCCGUACACCGACGCCGUCAUUCAUGAAAUACAGCGGUUUGGUGAUAUUGUGCCUGGAAAUGUCCCACAUGCAACUUCCCAAGAUGUCACAUUCAGAGGAUAUUUCUUUCCAAAGGGGAUCACUGUUAUACCAUUUCUGACCUCUGCACUGAAAGAUGCUGACUACUUCGAAAAACCAGAUGAGUUUUACCCAGAACAUUUUCUCACCUCAGAAGGACAUUUCAAGAAGAAUGAAGCAUUCAUACCUUUUUCAAUAGGGAAAAGAAGCUGUGCUGGUGAAAAUAUGGCUAAAAUGGAGCUGUUCCUGUUCUUCACGUCGCUGCUGCAGAACUUCACCUUCCAGGCUCCUCCCGGUGCGCAGCUGGACCUCACCCCGAUAGUGGGGAGUACGAAUGCCCCCAAAUCUUAUGAAAUCUGUGCUAUACCUCGCAGCUAGAACAUGCUUUCAGGCCUGCUUACCUAUUGUAAUGAAUGGACUGUAUUUGUUUUGUGUGAUCGUAGACAUGGGGCUAGAUACAGACUGCAGAAGCACAGACGCACCUGUCUGUAGGUGUGUGUCCUGCAGGAACCUGGGGGUUGGUGCAAAUAUCUGUACUGAUGAUCAAAGGUUUUAUAUUAUCAUCUUCCAAAAUGAAAAAGUAACACAGUCUCACAAUCUAUCAUUUACAUGAUUUCAAGUCUAAAUAAAAAUGAGCGCUUAUCA